UCCAACUAUUGAAAAACCAUGGGCCAGGCCUGGCUUAAUCGCUGUUUUAUUACCUACAUACGCAUUUCUCUCACCAUUGGGUAACCUUCCAUACCCCGAUUUCUCUGCUAGAAAAGAGAAAAGCACAAGAAAGUACGAAGACGAAGAAACAUAAAAGAAUGCUUAGAAAUAGCCGGAACCAGCCUCCAGCAAGGAGGACCGACAGGCAAUCCGAAGAUCCUAUAUUAAACGACAGCACAUCCUCUCUUGAUUGCUCUGAAAAGACUGAUUCCCAAUCGUCAUUACUCGUUAAAUCCAACUCAGAGCGCACGUCGGUCAAGACAGAUGGGCAUAGUGAUCCUGAAUGGAAGCAGGAUAGUCUGUCAACAGUUGUCUCAGUCGCACAUGUCACCAUCUUCAGCUGGAAAAAUGUGGCCAUUCUAAUAUCAUUGAUUUUUGGUGGCUGUUGUGCCAAUGUAUUUAUGCUCGAAGCAAUUAUUAAGGACCAGCCAGCUUCUGGGCCAUUGAUAACAUUUGUACAAUUCCUCCUCAUUGGACUUUUUACACUACCCAACUUUGUCUCAUUCAGCGCUGGACCCCAGUCACUAUAUUUGAAAUCUCGAAAUGUACCUCUCAGGUCCUGGGUGAUAUAUACCGCAUUUUUCCUGGUCGUCAAUUUACUCAACAACUGGGCCUUUGCUUAUGAGAUUUCAGUGCCCUUGCACAUAAUAGUGCGGUCGGGGGGUCCUGUAGCCUCCAUGAUCGUGGGGUACAUUAUCAAUUCCAAAAGAUACUCGACACUUCAGAUACUAUCUGUCAUUCUGCUUACAUUAGGCGUUGUGGGAGCGGCAUUGGCUGAUACCGCUGCAAAGAGUCAGUCCCUUGACGUUGGCGACAACUGGACUGAAAAGAGCCAACAUUCGCCUCUUACUACGUCUCUUGUAGGAUUCAUCAUCCUUGCUCUAGCCAUGGUUCUUUCUGCCCUUCAAGGAAUAUAUGCGGAUAGGCUAUACGAAAUACACGGUCGCAAUCACUGGAAGGAGGCUCUGUUCUACUCUCACACAUUAUCACUGCCGUUCUUCCUACCCACUUACCCAAAACUCGUGUCGCAAUUGCGCCUCUUGCUGGAGUCACCUCCAAUUAUUGAGAGCCUCACUAUGGGCACUGUGCAAAGUGGUGUGUUUGUUCCUAAGAUUAACCAAACAAUCUGCGCAGCUGCUAUGACUUCAAAGUCUGGCCUUAUUCUUGCAACUCUCAGAAACACGUCUCAAUGGUUUUGGUCUAGUCUGUGGCAAAACCAACUUGUUCAAGACUCUAUUGGCCAGUUUCCAAUCAAGAUUGCAUAUCUCUUGUUGAAUGCCGUGACACAAUAUCUCUGUAUCCGCGGUGUUCAUUUCUUGUCGGCGAAAUCAUCUUCCUUGACUGUAACCAUCGUCCUGAACAUUCGCAAGCUGGUCUCGCUGCUACUCUCAAUCCAUCUCUUCGGCAACAAUUUGACGUCGGGCAUCAUUGUGGGAGCGGCUCUUGUUUUUCUUGGAGGAGGCUUAUAUGGGUACGAGAGCAGCCGACUGAGGAGCAAAGUCAGCAAAAAGGAGAGUUAAAUACGCCUCAAACAUUGGAAAGAGAUCUAUGGAGAUACUUCUUUAUACAACACUAGGUCAAAUAUCUGUGUGAAUACGUGCGGAAUGUGCAUAACAGGCCACAUUGAUGAGCUGUUUGUUGACUCUUUUUGUUCAAGACAUCAUUCAGAGUACAUGGGACAAUGGUACCUAUGUUUAAGAUUAGAUCUAAGACAGUCCCAGAUAGAUAGUUUUCCUUCUUAAUAUAUCUAUGUCUUUACAUUGAAAGAAGUAUUAUUCAAUUGGGGUUUUGUGCACUUUAA